GCACCUUGUUCUGUUCCAGCAUGGGAGAAACUAGAGAAAAAUUUUGUAGCCAAAAGGAAGAGUGUAUGGAAGUUCACCAAAAAAGAAUAAAAAAUAAACAAAAGGAUGGUAUUUCAAACCUUAUCACAUUUGGUCAGAGCCAGAGGACCUGAUGAAUUUUGGCGUAAAAGGAAAAUAUUUAAACUUGCUGCUCAUUUCAGGGGACGUCACAGAAAUUGCUACAGUCUUGCUAUUCGAGCUGUUCAUAGAGCUUUACAAUACGCUACCAUUGGACGAAAGUUGAAGAAACUGGAUCUUCUUCAGGUUGGCAGACGAUCUCUAGAAGACAGCAAAGCUGGCUCUAAAUGGAUGAAAGAAAGGUAG